AUGGCUCCGAACUACUUUCAAAAGCCGGAAGCGGCGUUGAAACGCGCCGAAGAACUCAUCCAAGUAGGAAAAGAGGCCGAUGCUUUGGACACUCUUCACGACACUAUCAAAGUGAGUAAUUUUCAUGAAUUCAUUCUUUUCAACUAAAUUUUCCUUCAGGCUAGAAGACACAAGCAAUGGACUACCGUCCACGAGCAAAUAAUGAUCAAGCAUAUGGAAUUGUGUGUUGAUCUAAAAAAGCAACAUCUUGCCAAGGAUGCGUUGUUCCAAUACAAAGCACUGACUCAACAGGUUUUUUUAAAUGUUGAAUUUAUCGUACGUCUUUCCUUCAUCCAGAUCAAUGUGAAAUCGCUUGAGACCGUUGUCGAGCAUUUUCUGAAGCUUGCUGAGCAGAAAACUGAAGAUGCACAGAAGCAGUCGAUCGAAAAAGUGGAAGAGAUUGGAGACCUCGACCAGGGCGAUAUCCCAGAGCGUCUUCUCCUUGCCGUUGUUUCCGGCGCUGCGGCUCAAGAUCGCAUGGAUCGUACGGUUCUUGCUCCUUGGCUUCGUUUUCUUUGGGACUCGUACCGAAACUGUCUUGAAUUGCUGCGUAACAACGCGCAAGUAGAGCAGCUGUACCACACGAUCAGCCGUCAGUCGUUCAGUUUCUGCCUGAGAUAUCAGAGAAGGACGGAGUUCCGCAAACUGUGCGAUCUUUUGAGAAUGCAUCUGAAUCAGAUCCAAAAGCAUCAGUACGCCCCGAACGUGUAAGUUAUUAUCAUAGGCAUAUUGUUUUUAUACCGCAUACGUUUUUGUUCCAGCAAUUCGUUCCGUGUCAAGCUCACUUCUCCAGAAUCUCUCGCUCUCAUGCAGGACACCAGGCUUGUUCAAUUGGAUACUGCUAUCCAAAUGGAACUCUGGCAGGAAGCUUACAAGUGUGUUGUUUUGAAAAUCAAGUUUUGAUAACAAUUUUUCAGGAGUGCUGAAGAUGUUCACGGUAUGAUGCAGUUGUCGAAGGACAAGGACAAGAGAACUGUGAAACCAUCGAGUUAUGUCAACUACUACGAUAAACUUGCUCUCGUCUUCUGGAAAGCCGGAAACAGUCUGUUCCACGCCGCCGCCCUGCUUCAAAAAUUCAUCAUCUACAAGGACAUGAAGAAGUCUUUCACUCAGGAAGAAGCUCAAGAACAAGCUACUCGUGUGCUUCUGGCGACCCUCUCCAUUCCGGAAGGUUCAGAUUUGCCAUCGGAUCUAUCUCGCAAUUUGGACAUUGAGGAGCAACAUAUCUCUAACAUGAGACUUCUCUCUAAUUUGCUCCGGCUUCCUAUUGCCCCAACCAAGAAUGGAAUCCUUAAAGAGGCCGCUCGCAUUGGAGUUCCUGAAGCUGCUGGGCAAACUGCCAAAGUGUUGUACAAGCUUCUUGAAAGCAACUUUGCUCCAUUGAGAGUCGCCAAGGAUGUUCAAAGUACUCUGGAGACUAUUACUCGCCCGGAUCAUCUGCAGUAUGUUGAGUCUCUUCAAGCUGUCGCUGCCGUGAAAGCUUUGAAGCAAAUUUCUGUGAUCUAUGACUCGAUUAGCUGGGAACGCAUCCGCAAAGUGAUCCCAUUCUACUCGGACUUGGCUCUGGAGCGUCUGGUCGUUGAAGCCAGUAAGCACCGCAUUGUUAAGGCUCAACUCGACCAUCGUGCUGAUUGUGUUCGUUUCGGUGCUUCUGAUGCCACGUUGGCAGGAGGAGUUGAUGAUGCUGAGAACAACGAGGGAUUCACCGGUGAUGAUACUCAGUUGGGAGUCGAAGGAGUUCGCAAUCAUCUGGAGGCGAUGUACACUCGUCUCCGUGUUCUCGUCGAAGGACUCGACGCCAAAAAACGACGCAAGGAGAUGCUCAAGAAGAUCGAGAGUCACGUUGUUAGCUAUGAAAAAAAUCGGGCAACCGAGAUCGAUCGCAUUCACCGUCGCAAAAAGAUGCUCGAAAAUUACAAGGAGAACUGGGAGCGCGUCAAGGCUGAAAAAGCUGCAACCGCUGCUACGGAGCUGGCCAAGAGAGAGGAGGCGAUGCGAGCUGACGAGAUGAAGAGACUCGAAGAGCAAAACAAAGAGAGUGAACGGAAGAGGAAGCAGGCGGAGCAAGAGGAAGUUCAGAAGAAGAUCAAGCAAGAUCAAUUGCGCAAAAUGCAACAGAACGCAAUUUACCAGGCCAUCAUCAAGGAGAAGGGACUCGACCAAUUCCAAGACAUGGAUCCGGAGCAAGUUCUGCGCGAGCAACGCGAGCGUUUGGAUAAGGAGAGAGCCGAGACUCAAAGACGUUUGCAACAACAGGAGAAGAACUUCGACCAUCAUGUCCGUGCUCUUCACUUGGAAGAAAUGAUUGAGCGGCGAGCGGUGAUGAGCAUGCGACUGGCCGAAGCGCCGAAGUUGCAUGAUAAGUAUGAAGAAGCUCGUGUUGCCAAAGAGACGUGAGUUAUUGACAGUUCGUUCAAACAAUUGCGUCACUCGUUAACGUUUCAGGUCGGCUCAUGAAAGCCACGUCAAACUGUGGUCCUCUUGGGAUCAAGUCCGUGAAGCUGCCUUUGAUUGGGUGGAGAGUGUUAAAACCGAAAACGAGGAGAAUCUUGCCAAGAAGAUCCGCGACUGGGAGUCCAAACUCGAAGCUGUCCGUAACAGCCGUCUCGCUGAGCGUGCCGAGAAACGAAAGAAGGAACGCAAGGAGAAGGCCAUCCAGGAUAAGAUCACAGAAGAACGUAAAAAGCGUGAGGAAGAGGAAAGAGCCCGUCAACAGGUCAUCGAUGAGCAGCGACGACAGCGUGACAACGAUCGUGGAAGCCGUCGUAGAGAUUUGGAGAAUUCCGUUGCAAUGCAAGACAGCGACUGGAGAUCUGGCCGUUCGGGACCACCGCCGCCAAGAGAGCCACGUCCAGUUCGUGACGGACCACCUCGUGAUGGACUGUACAGAGAUCGUGAGCCGAGAGAGUCAUUCCGUGAGCGCGAUGUUCCACCUUCCAAGGCCGACAGCGACGCCUCCUGGAGAAACUCUCAGGCCCCACAACCGCGUAAGCUCUCAAUAACCCGUCUUUAUUUCAUUAAUCAUUUUAGCCCGUCGUUCCGAUGAUAGUGGUUUACGUCGUAAUGAGGAGCCACGUCGUGAUGAUCGUCGCAGUGACGAAUUCCGUCGUGACGACGUUCGUCGCGAGCCUCCUCGUGCAUUCUCCAAGGCUGACACUGUGGAUAAGUGGGAGCGUGGGGUAAAGAAAGCAGUCCCUCCUCCGCAGAAAACGGAUUCUCCUCCUUGUAAGAACAUCACUUCAGAGCUUCACCCAAGUGCUUUAUUUUCAGCUCAAGCUCCAGAGGCAAAACAAGAAGGACCGAAGAAGUUUGUCCCACCACAUCUCAGAAACAAACAAUCAGGCAGCGAGGAACAGGGUUCGAGACUUGGAAAUGGUAACAUUACGAGUCCACCGGAUCGUGCUGCUGGCGUUCGCGGAGGCCCACCACCUAGCCGGAACUCACUUCCUCGCCGUGACGGACCUCCUCAGCGUCCUACCGAAGGAGGAGCAGGAGGCGCAGACAGCGGGAACUGGAGAAGAUAA